UGUGUGUGUGUGUGCGGGAAGACGAGGCGGCAGGCAGCAGGAGGAGGAAGCACCAAGGACGUCCUCUCUUUUCCUCCUUCCUCCUACAGCCGCGGGAGUCCGCCGGAGACGCGAAGGGACGAGCAGUUCGAUUAGUCUGCUGCUGCCGAGACCUGCUGCGGGACAACUUGGUCCGGGCUGUGAUCCUCUCUCGGUGUGUGUGAGGGAGUGUGUGUGUGUGUGUGUGUGUGUGUCAGAGAAGCGGGAUUUCCCCUUCCUCCUCCUCUCCUUCUUCUGCAGCCUGUCGCCGGACGCACGGACGCACGGAGAUCCGGACACAAAGGACUUCCCCUCUUCCCCCGCGACUGUUGAAUGUAACAUCGCUCGGACGAGGCAGGCAGGGAAUUAAAAGCCAUCAUCAUGAAUUUCGUUAUGAAACAAGCGUUGGGAGGCGCCACCAAAGACAUGGGCAAAAUGCUCGGUGGGGAGGAGGAGAAGGAUCCCGACGCCCAGAAGAAGGAGGAGGAACGGCAGGAGGCGCUGCGGCAGCAGGAGGAGGAGAGGAAGGCCAAGUACGCAAAAAUGGAGGCGGAGAGAGAAAACCUCCGACAGGGCAUCAGGGACAAGUACGGCAUCAAGAAGAAGGAGGAGAAGGAGGCCGAGGCGGCGGCCGCCAUGGAGCAGGCGUCCGAGGGCAGCCUGACGCGCCCCAAGAAGGCCGUCCCGACCGGCUGCGGCGACGAGGAGGAGGAGGAGAGCAUCGUGGACACGGUCAUGAAGUUCAUCCCGGCCCCGCUCAUGGAUAUGUUCAAUAAAAAGUAAAAACGGUGCAUUUUGCGUCUAAAAAUGUAAUUAAACUUCUUACAAAAACGUUCCAUCGAACCAACGCUGUACAACUCUGGCCCCUUGCCCCAAACCUGCAGUCACACUUUUCUUCCCCCCCCCCUCCCCAUUCAGCCCAACUUUUUAAGCGUCCUGGAAUUGUGCAAUGUGUCAUGACUUUGCCCCUUGAGUUAGAGCAUCUGAUCCCGGACGGUGGUACUUACUUUUUAAUAUCUCAUACAGAGCAUCCAUAAUGAUAACCAGUGAUUAACUCUGAUAUUCAUUUUUAUUUUUAAAGUACGAAACACCUGCACAGAUGCACAGAUCCGGUGUCUUUACCUCAAGGCAAACUGCUUCUGUGUUUUCAAACUGCUCAGCACUUAGAAAAAAAGAUAUAAUUCAUCAUCCGCCAUCAUUUUCGUUUGUAAAUAGACUCGGGGUUAUUUCAAAAAGAAAAAGAAAAGAAGAGAGAAUUAUAUAUGAGUGAAAUAUGACAUAUAACAAGAUGACUAAGAGUAUAAGCCAUAUUUUUAACUUUUAAGAAAUUAUCCAAAUCAUAUCAGAAAUUUUAAUUGAACUUUCCUGUUAUGUUCUUGCUAAUAUUUGAUACAUACAAUGUAUAUAAAUACUCGCAUUUUUAAUCGGUUCCCCGUUGUGAGGAUUCACCCCGUAAGCUGUCAUUCAUGUUCCCAUUGGUUUACUGUGAAUGUGUACGACGAGCGUUAGAAGUUAAGGAAAUUCGUCAUUUGAAAUUUGACUUUUUACUUUAUUUUAUUCCGUUUUGUUUUCUGAUUUGAGCAUGCAGUUCACUCUGGUGAAGUGACGUACACACGUGGAUACCAUUUUAUUUGUCACGAUGAAGCGAAACACAUUGAUAUUUGAGGCAAUAAGUGGUUUUCCACUUUAUAUUCAAAUGACAUCUUGUGCACCACGUACAGUUGGUGACUCUGUGUCGGAAAUGUUCUUCCAUGUGGGAAAACUAUAAAUCUUCCCCGCUCAUAGUUUGUCUCAAAUCGAAAAAAAAAUUCUUACUAUAAAUCAACUUGCUAUCAAUGUUCGGUGGUUUAAUAAAUGACAAAAAUUCUGUUCCGUGUCCUGUGGCAGGCGUUCGCUCACGCCGCUUUUGCAAUGGGACGCGGCCUCGUUGAGUUUGAUUUGUGUUUUGACAUUUUCAUGACCUUCUCUGUACGAAAAAAGAAACUUCACAAACGCAGCCGCGUUGUGAACACGCCUCUAUGUGAAACAGACAGUGACAAUAGUGCAAUAUAUUGUUCAAAAUGAAGUUGUCCUGUGUCCUGUUGGUUUGACUGAUGGGAGCUAAAAGUCCCGAAUCAGCAAUAACAGACAAUCUUCAUUGUUGUGCGUUUGAACUUACUCCUUUAAUGUGUUAGUCGAUGUUGAAGAGACGCCGGAGUGUGUGUGUGUGUGUGUGUGUGUGUGUGUCUGCAUAGUGCCGGUGAAGUGUUUGUGGGUCCGACAUAUUCGAUUAAAAAAAUGUAAAAAAGGGGAAAAAGGGGGGAAGGUUUGUUUUGCAUGUCGUUUACGAGCGCAAAACAAGGACCGAUAUUCGGGAUCGUAAACUCAAAAGGUGAAAUCCAACUGCAAGUUUUCAGAGGCGGGGCAUUAGCGCAAACGCUCCAUGACCAGAAAAUGUUUACCCGUCCUGCAGAGUCCAGUCUGUCCUGCAGGUGAAUGGCACAAUUUAUUCAUUAUUUUUUCUCCAUAUGCCUCGUUUUUUUCUUCUUCCCCUCCUUCAUUCCACAGUGUCUUGUUAAAACAUUCCAGAUUUUUCAGACAUUCCACCAGACUUGUGCUGGUAAAAACACCCAAACGUGGAUAUUCACAAUAGGCUUCAGUCAAUGCCUUGUUGGCCUACGAGUGAGGAAAACAUUCAAUGUUGUUACAAUCUAAAAAAAAAAGAUAGAUAUAUAUAUAUAUAUAUAUAGAUACUAGAGUGAAUCAAAUAUACGCAAAGAUUCACAACACGACCACGACGGUUAUUUUAGCUGCCGCGUACAAAAGAGAAGAAAAAAAAUCCCACACGGAGUCUAAGGGGGAAGCUAAAUGUGCUAUUAGCAGUUAGCGUUGUGAUGAAUUGCUAUUACCUUUGUGAUUCAUGUGCGCACAGUAGCUGUGAGUGUAUUUGAGGUUUUUUCUCAACUAACUUUUUCGCCACCGUUUUUUAUCGAGCUUUAGCUGAACCCUAAAUCCGGUACUUGUGCAUUCCUGUGGCGUAGGCGAGCGACCUUUGGCCUUUCAUCGGCCUCAAAACUCAUGAUGAAUACGUAGAAACGGAAAAACAUCGGAGGUCAUAGUCUCGUAAGGUCUCUCGUAGAGCACAUUUUACUGAACUUCCUGGUUGGGGCGUGGUUUGGAUGAGCUGCCUUCGCCCGGCCUCUGUGUUAGCAAAUAGUUAGCAUCACCUAUUUCCGAUCCAUCGUCAAAGCAUUGUCCAGUCAAAACCAAAGAAUAGUGCUGGUAGUAGUAGACAAGGUAGUUCCAUUUUGACUAAGUUACUGCAUUAUUUAUUUUGAAGUUCUCAGGUAAUCUAGCUUCACGUUUUUAAUAGACGUUUGAACCAUAACUUGCCGGAUUCAUUGGGCCUCAACCAACGCCUGAAUCAUACUUUUGUUCAUGUAUCUAUUCUUUGCUCCAAGAAUAUUCUACAAAAAGCUACAAUUACUGCCCCUGUACAGGACAUACAUGCUGUAGCCUAUACUUCAUCAGUGUGCGACGUCCGUCAGGCUAUAGCUACCGGCGAGUCUUUUCCCAACUGGUGUGAAUCCAGAUCAACCUUCACAUCUCGUUCACAAAACGUCAUCAGAAACACAUUUUUCAUCAUAUUGUGAACUGAUUGAUUGCGCUCCAAAUGGCUUAUAGCCCACUGCCGAGACAAACUGCCCAAGUCAUGCGUGGUCGAUAUUCUGUCGUAUACAGUAGAUCUGAAUGGGUCACAUUUGCUCAUACAGCCAUUAAUGUUCAAAAAGAAAAGAAAAAAAACUGCCUGAAAAUUAUGCCACUGAAAAAAAAAACUACGCCGUUGAUGUGACUUGAAUGUAACCGUCCGAUGUUUCUCUAUCCUUGCAUCUGUCGUCUCUCUGUUCUGUACGUGUUGAGGAGACGCCUACUCUCGUGCAGUACUUUUCUCCCUGUUGUCCGUGGCCGUUCUCGUUUCUGUCCUCUGGUGGUCGCUAAUUUUGAGGAAAAUAUAAAAUAAAUAAUGACGUUGAUUUGGUGCGUUAUUUUGUACUGCGAACUCUUCUCACCCUUCUCUCUCUCUCUCUCUCUCUCUCUCUCUCUCUCUCUCUCUCUCUCUCUCUCUCUCUCUCUCUCUCUCUCUCUCUCUCUCUCUCUCUCUCUCUCUCUCUCUCUCUCUCUCUCUCUCUCUCUCUCUCUCUCUCUCUUCCUAUUUGUUGACAAAAAUGUAUGCAUGCUUAUGGUGUGCGACGUAGGCAAGGUUGUUGAUAUACCCGUUCUCUUGUGUCCUCUGUGUGUGUUUCCGAGCUCCACCUGUUAGCCUCACUGCAUGCCAUUUUAGACAGAGAUUUCAGUCUGUAACUUUCCUGCAAAAAGAUGGAAUCACCGCGCACUCUGAGAAUAAAGUGAUUUCAUAUAA